AUGUUGGGCAAGGCUGGCACCUUCUUCCUCACAUGCAUGAGCAUGGACCACUACCUCUCCAUCACCUACUUCACCAGCACCUCCAGCCACAGGAAGAAGAUGGUGCGCCACAUCGUGUGCGUUCUGGUGUGGCUGCUGGCCUUGUGCAUGUCUCUGCCCAGCACCUACUACCUGAAGUCCGUGGUGUCUGCUUCCAACAACGAGACCUACUGCUGGUCGUUCUACCCUGAGCACAGCAUCAAGGAGUGGCUGAUCGGCAUGGAGCUUGUCUCUGUUGUCUUGGGCUUCAUUGUCCCCUUCUCUAUCAUCACUGUUGUCUACUUCCUGCUCUCCGGGGCCAUCUCAGCCUCUGGUGAUCAGGAGAAUCAGAGUAUCCGGAAGAUCAUCUUUUCCUCUGUGGUGGUCUUCCUUGUGUGCUGGCUCCCCUACCACGUGGCAGUGCUGCUGGACAUCUUCUCCAUCCUGCACUACCUCCCCUUCACCUGCCAGCUGGAGAACACACUCUUCACAGCACUACAUGUCACACAGUGCCUGUCCCUGGUGCACUGCUGCGUCAAUCCUGUGCUCUACAGCUUCAUCAACCACAAGUACAGGUGCAAGCUGAUGAAGGCCUUCACCUUCCAGUAUUCUGCCCAAACGGGCCUCACCCAGCUCACCAACACCUCCAGAGUGUCAGAGACAGAGUACUUGGUGCUGGAACAAAACUCCAAAUGA